UUGACAGUUGUCUCCUGUCAUUCAUUGUUGCAUUUUGGUUUUUGACCUGAGAUUCAGAUUUCGCAUUUAAUUUUGAAGUAAAUUACGAGUAGGUAAUAAUGCCUGUUCCUGGAGGUGUUUAUCAAAGUCAAGGACCCUCGUGUUUUGAUAAAAUGAAAAUGGGAUUCAUGAUAGGAUUUUGCGUGGGAAUGGCUAGUGGAGGUCUCUUCGGUGGCUUCACUGCUUUGAGAUAUGGAGCAAGAGGGCGCGAAUUAGUUCAUUCUGUUGGAAAAGUUAUGCUUCAAGGUGGAGGAACAUUUGGAACGUUUAUGGCUAUUGGAACCGGAAUACGUUGUUGAAAGUAUAUGGUUUUGUACUUUGUAAAUACUUUAAUUUAAACUUGUAGUACCUACUCAAAA